AUGUAUUACAUAAGUCGGGUCAUACAAGGUGCCGAGGUGCAGUAUUCUCCGAUAGAGCGCCAUUAUCUUUUUCUAGCAUUCGCAGCCAAAAAAUUUCGCCAGUACUUCUUAGCUCAUACCAUCCACCUCAUCACCAAAUAUGACCCUUUGAGGUACCUGCUCUCGCGACCCAUCAUUUCAGGGCGAGUGGCGCAGUGGCUACUAAUAUUGGCCGAGUUUGAUAUCCAGUGCCUUGCACCUCGCGCCAUCCUGAGUCAGGCCAUGGCGAACAUGAUUGCUCAAUUCCCUUCUGAAAACUUCGAGCCACUGCACGAUGACUUGCCUCAUGAUGAGUUCGAGUCGGUUUGUUGUGCGGAUCAAAGCAUGAUGUGGACCCUGUCAUUUGAUGGAUCGUCAACCUCCACAAGAGGUGGCGUGGGAGUGGUAUUAACACCCGAGGAAGGGAAAGUCCAAAAUCUCUUAUUCAAGCUCACUUUUGGAUGCUCCAACAAUAUGGCGGAAUAUAAAGCUCUAGUGUUAGACCUACUGGUAGCACGGGAAGUUAAGAUCAAGCGGUUGUGCAUCCAAGGUGACUCGAAUUUGGUGGUGAAACAGUUGGAUAGAUCUUAUGCCAUCAAGGAGCUGGCGUUAGCGGCAUACAGAACAAUCAUUUAA